AUGAAUUUGGAAUCAUUACCAAAUGAAAUAAUAUUGAUUCUAUUUGAAUAUUUUUCACUCUUCGAACUAUUUCAAUAUUUUCGUGGUCUCAAUUCACUUUUUAAUAAUUUACUUUUUCAAGAAUUUAACAAAUUUCAACUCGAUUUGAGAUCAUUAUCAAAAACAAAGUUUGAUCAAAUAUGUCAACAAUAUGCUCCGUCAAUUCUCAAUCAAAUAGUAUCAAUUCAUCUGUCGAAUGAUUAUGAUACUCCACAAGAAAUUCAACUUUUACUAUCUCAAGAUUACCAACUUCGUCAAUUUAUUCAUUUAGAAUCACUAUCAAUUAUUAAUCUUCAGUCUAAACAAAUACUUGGUGAAAUAAUGAAUGAAUGUUCGCAUCUUCCUCAUCUUACACAUCUCACAAUUCAAUGUACAAUAGAAAUGAGUGAAAACGAUACGCAACAUUUAUUUAAUCAAGUAUGGAGUUUACCAAAACUAAAAUCUAUUCAUUUGAACAUGAAUUCUACAAGAAAUUCUUCUAAUUCAACAAUUAUUUCAAAAUCAUUAAAGUAUUUAAAUAUUGAACAUAAUAUUUAUUCUUUAUCAAGAUUUGCUGAUUUAUAUCGAAACACACCUAAUCUUCGACAUCUUUCGGCGUGGUUUGUAGUUGAAUAUAAUGAAUUCCAAAUAUUAAAACCUAUUGAUUCUAUAACUCGAUUAAACAUCACAUUCUAUGGUCUCGAAAAUAUGUUAGAACAUGUUUUAGAAAAUCUACCGAAUUUAUAUCAAUUAAAAUGUGAUUUAAAUGUGUAUAUAAAUGGAUAUCAAUGGGAAAGUAUUAUUAAAAAAUCUUUACCAAAAUUAAAAAUCUUUCAAGUGAAAAUGAGAUUUACACCACCAUCUAAUAAUCAAAAUAUAGACGAAAAAUUAAAUAAAAUAAUUGAUUCAUAUCGAACUAAUUUUUGGAUAAAUGAACAUCAAUGGUAUAUACGAUGCCAUUGGUAUACAUUGGAUGAAAAAAUAGAUCUAUUCAAUUUUAUUGAUGUAUUUACUGUACCAUACAGUUCUGAUCGUUUUUACGAAGAUAAUAUUUGUCUUUUAGCAAAAUCAACUGUUCAAUAUGACAAAGAAUAUUUGCAAUGUCCUUGUAUAACGACAUUAAAUUAUGGAUCUUCAUCUUUUACAGAUCCGAUUCGAUCGCGUUUUCGUUUUAAUAAUAUUGAACAUCUUUCAUUAUCAUUACCGUUUAAUGAGAAUUUUUUCUUUAUUGUUUCAAAAUUUGUUCGACUAAGGUCACUUUUUGUCUAUACAGAUACGAACAAAAAUGUAAAUAAUAUUCAAUUUCAACUACAACUUGUACUUGAUCAAGCACCUCGUCUCUAUUCACUCGAGUUUACUACUUGGUCAAGAUCGGAUUCUGAGUCACCAUUCGAAGGAUUACGCAGUGUUUCAGUUCGUCGACUGGACCUGAUUCGAUUCAAUUUUAAUGAUCAAGUUUACCAUUUUGAUGAAAAGGAAUGUAUUGAAUUAAGUCGUUCGUUUUUAGAUCAUUAUUGGCCUGAAAAUGGUUCAGUAUCAUCUGCAAUGGAUGGACUUGUUCAAUGGUUACGUCAACAAUUACCACCAACAUGUGCAGUGACCAAAGAUGAAAAUGAUAGUUUUGGUAUUCAUUUAUGGAUUCGUUGA